AUGGCGGCUACAUUUCUGAAAAUUCCUCUUGUUGAAAAUGCCUGCAGGACUGGGUCUUCUAAGAAGCAUGAGCUCAAAUCUAAGCAAAAAUUGGAAAAGAAGCUCAGCUUUUACACAAAAGUAAAAGAUGCAGUUACUUCCUUAAAUGCUAAGAAGACUAUCAGUAAGAAAAGUAAACAGAGUCGGCGCCAGAAGAAACUGAAAGCAUAUGAUCUCUCGGCACUGUCUGAGUUCCUCCCAGAACCAGCUGCACCAGAGCAGAAGACUGAAGCAAAGCUGAACUGCAAGUCAAGACAGACAUUAGUGGUACGGGAGUCUGCUCGUCUUAAGGCUGUACUGGACAACCCGCAGUUCCAGCUUGACCCAUUUGCUGCGAUCCAUCAGCACCUGCUAGCAACGCAGCCGCCUGCUGCUGCAAAGGACAGUGACGCAGGGAAGCAGGGGAAGGAGAAGGACUCCAAGGACAAGAAAAGGAGGAGGAAGAAGAAGGGUGCAUCGUCAAGCUCUCAAGCAAUGGAUAUCUGA